AUGGGAUUCGAGCCCGAGACAUAUUACCUCGGACCCAACAAGCAUUGCCCCAACAAUGACAUGCCAGUCCUGAUCUAUCGCGACUGUCUGCCCCUACCGCUCUCCGAGGCCAAAACAACCGAGUUCCUCGAAUCGCACGCCUGGGAGAAGAAGGGCACCUGGGGACAUAUCGCGUACAGGCAUUUCCAUCCCAACACGCACGAGUGCUACGGAGGAGAGGAGAUCGAGGUGCACGCCGGAGAUGUCAUCGUCCUCCCGGCUGGAACGGGCCAUUGCUGUCUCCAGAGCAGCACCGACUACAGAUAUAUUGGCGUUUACCCAGAGGGAGCUCCCAAGUGGCGCAGCGAGCUGGGGAAGAACGAGGUUGGCGACGCCUAUAGACACGAGAUCCAAAGUGUGGCAUUGCCGGUGCAGGAUCCUGUCAAUGGCAUCUCUCUGCUAGGCACGUACAAACAAUACAUCGUCCAUCUUGACGAGAGUUCCAAGAGCUUCCAGUGCGACUAUCGCAUGGCAAGCCUCCUACGUCGACUCCUCUCGACCACUCCACCCGAAGUCCCCAAUGCCACAAUCAGAAGGAUGAAUCUCAACUCCGCAGACCUGCCCAAAAUUUUCCUGCCGCCCGUCAAUCGGUGCAUGCGGACGCUGGACAAGUCGUUCUUCCGCAAAGUUGUGCCUCUGGCCGCCGCCACGAUCCCGGAUGUCCGACAGAUCACGGCCAUCAGAAGGGAACUCGAAAAGUCGCAGGACUUGCUCCGAGUCAGUCCGAUCAAGCCGUUGCGCGAUGACGACUCGGUCGGCCAGGGAGCGAAGUGUCUUCUGCUCAGGCCCGGGAUCGACGCCAACGAGCCGAAAACAUGGUCACAGACUAUCUCGAGGCUGGUGGAAGAUCGACUAGCCAGCUUACGACCCUACGAUCUGACACUCACAUAUGACGACUGGACUAUGCAUAAUAUCCUCGAGGCGGUUCUGCCUGAGAUCCCUGAGGAAGAAAAGGAAACCCCUGCAGGUUUUGCUCAGGUUGGCCACGUCGCUCACGUGAACCUGCGCGAGGCAUAUCUGCCUUACAAAUACAUAAUUGGGCAGAUCUUGGUGGAUAAAAAUCCCAACAUCACCACCGUCAUCAACAAGACGUUCGACGUCGGCACCGAAUCCGUCUUUCGAACAUUUCCAUAUGAAGUCAUUGCUGGCCCAGAUGACCUCGAUGUUACCGUCCACGAGUCUGGUUGCGAGUUCAAGUUCAACUUUGGCAAAGUGUACUGGAACUCUCGACUAGGUACUGAACAUUCCCGGCUCUUUGAGCAGUUCAAGGAAGGCGAGGCUGUCUGUGACGUUAUGGCCGGUGUUGGACCAUUUGCUGUGCCGGCAGGUAAACGCAAGGUCUUUGUCAGGGCGAACGAUCUCAAUCCCGACUCGUACCAAAGCCUUGAAGACGCCAUCAAGUCUAACAAGGUCAGCGACUUCGUGUCAGCGUCCUGCGAGGACGGCAGGGCUUUCAUCCGCACCGCUACCAGAGACUUACAGCACUCGCCACGAGAAGCACGACUACCCUCCAAGGUGAAGAUUUCGCGGAAAUUGACCAAAGAAGAGAUGCAAGCGCGUCGCAAAGAGGCUGAUGCCGCAGCAAAAGUUCUCAAAGAACCGAAUGCGUUCGCUCACUAUGUCAUGAAUCUGCCGGCCAGCGCCAUCGAGUUUUUAGAUGCGUUUCGAGGCCUCUAUCACGGUCGAGAGGCCGAAUUCAAACCCCACACCUCGAGAGAUUUGCCGUUGAUUCACCUGUACUUGUUUCAGACGAAGUUUGCUUCCGAAGAAGAAGAGAUCCAAGAGAUUUGUGAAAGAAUAUCGCAGCAUAUCGGGGCUCCGGUGAAGCUCGAUGAUCUAGAGCUGGAUAUGCAGGUUCGAUUUGUCCGACUUGUCGCGCCGAAGAAGAAGAUGUUUUGUGCGAGCUUUCGCAUACCGGCCAGCGUUGCAUUCGCGCAGCCUUGA